GUUCGCUCGUUGUGGUGAGUGAGUGAUUGACACAUAGCACACUAUGAUGAACCAACAGGCGGCGGCUGCAGGUGAGCUGAAGGCAGGCACCACCACACACACAGACACACACACAUACGCAUGACGGCCCAUCGAUGUGUGUGUGUGUGUGUGUGUCAGCCGCUCAAGGUGGCGGUUUGCUCGGCAGCGACGCGCAAGUAGAUGAGUCGGUCAGUCACUGCAACGAACGAAAGGCCUCCCAUUAGACAAGCGUCACCGCUUGAUUGUGUUGCCUCGCUCUCUGUGUGUGUGUUUAGGUUGGUGUGCUGCGCAACAUCUCCGACACUCUCACUAUGCUAGAGGGACUACACUCACAGGUAGCUCUCUCUCUGUCACCUGCGGCACAAACACACCACAUCAGCCAUGCCUUCGCUAUUUGGGUGUUCUGUGUGUGUGUGUGACAGGGGCCGCCAGAGGCACUCAACUACCUGGCGACGAAGGCCGCGGUGAGCGACCUGAGAGGGAUGUGUGAGUGUGACAUGUGUGAGUGAAUGCGGCAUGUGUGUGUGUGUGUGUGUGUGUGCGCGCAGGAGUCGCCCAUGAGAGCAUCUCGAGUCAAGAUGGCCAACGGUGCGCUCUCGAAGCUCUUCGCGUCCAUGGAGGCUUACAAGUCUGCCGUGUCGGAUCUCAAAGGAUUGGCUCUGGUGGGUGGGCAACAGUGGAUGGAUGCUAUGUGUUCAUCUUGCCCUCUGUGGAUGCGUGUGUGUGAUUGAUGCGAUGCGAUGUGUGCAGCUGGAGGGCAACUUCAAGAAGUUCGCACUCAAGAAGACUACCGUACCAAAUGAGAAGAAGGUACACACUGCAUGUGGGCCUGCUGAGUCUUAGCGUCACUAUGCGGGCCGGCGUGCGGUGAUGUCUGCAGGGUCAGGUCGGUGCCGAGAGCUCGCUGGGCGAUCCCGCGGCGGCGUCGUCCGCUGCCGCUGCUGCUGGUGGUGCUGGUGCUGGUGCUGGUGGUGGUGGUGCUGGUGCUGGUGGUGGUGCUGGUGCUGGUGCUGGUGCUGGUGCUGGUGCCGUCCCCUCCAACCCCCACUUGUUCGUGCAGCGGCUGUACGGCCUGCCACCGGAGCUCCACCACACACUCGCCAAAUUGAUCGGUCCAGAGGGCCAGGAGGCCACCACCCUCGCUCGGAUCGGCAACACCAUGGCCAGCACGUCACACGCCGGCAGCAGUGCAGUCGAGACCGCCGUGACGUCGGCCAUCGACGGCCUUAUCAAGAGGAAGGGACCGGAGAACAUCAUCGACUACCGACCGCUGCGUCAGUCCACCAGUCGCCGUCGUGUGGUUCGGCUGAUCCGCCUGCGGUACGUGCUGGAGGUUGGGGGGGACUGGUCGGGCAGUGUGCCGCUGCUGCGGCUUGCCAAGAACCUCAAGCGGAUCCAAGAGCUGCCCCUCCAGCUGGACGAGGGCGAUGUGGGGCGGGCGGGCACUAAGGAGGACAUCGACAGCCGACCGGCGAGCAUGCGGCAAUAUGGCCUCUUCGGAGAUCGACUAGAUGGCGACUUGGGGCUGAUACGGGGGGCGUUGGGUGAGGGGCUGGGUGGGUGGAGGGUGAGGGUGCACACACCUGAGACAGUGCCGGGCGAGUACAGAGAUACCUUCGACCCCAACGACCCUGCUUGUCAACGUAAGAGGCAUCAACAGGUGUCGUGCUCCCUUUUUGAUGUCUGUCUGUCUGUCUGUCUGGCUGUCUGGCUGUCUGCAGACGACGUUGACGAGUAUCGUAGCUUCCGCGAGAUGGUCACUAUUCGGUGGGCAACCAACACACUAAGGCAGCGUGUCGCAUUCCGUGCCUUCUCUCUUUUGAUCUUCUAGCAUCCUCUUCUCCUAUGAGCUAGAGGGGGACAGUGUGACGGUGGCACGUGCCUCGGAUCCUCCGUCGUCUGCUGCCUCCUCCCGCAUCGGUGAGCUCACCGCCCAGCGCCCCGGGACGCCACUGUGGGGCACGCGCACCCUCGGCAGCACCGCCAGAGGCCGAUACGUCGCCUUUGCGGCAUACUUGCACACGUGCAAGGUCCACCGGGAGGCAUCCAUCGGCCUUUACAGCACUGAGAGGCCCCAGGGCGACGGUGUCGCAGGCAGGCCCAGCGGCCGCACCAUCCGCAGCACCAGCGAAUGGGGCUUCACAAGCCGAUGCGUCCUCUUCCGUGGUGACGGACCAGACGACGCCUUCGCGGCAUACUUGCGCAUGAGCAAGUUCCACCUGGAGGCAUCCAUCGGCCUUUACAGCACUGGGGAGCCCCAGGGCGACGACAUUCCCCAGGCGGCGGCCCUGGCUCGCACGCGUAUGGGCAGCGACUCAUGGCUGAUCCCGGACCUCAACCAGGCGAUUCCCACAGGUCCGCACGAGUGGGAGUGAGGGAGGGCCAAUAAGCCUACUUGUUGGUUGGUUCAGAUGGCUGCGAUGGUGGUGGUGGUGAUGAGAGUGGAAGCCACUCUACAGGUGGACCCUCGCCAGGCAUGGUAAGCAGAAUGGCUUGUCGAGGGUGCACCUGUUGGUGUCAUCUGCUCUGCGUGUGUGUCUCUGUGUGUAUGUCAGGAGGCCACUGCUGCUGCUGCUGCUGCUGCUGCAGUACCACAGGCCAACAAACGAACUCACGAUGUGAGCCACGCGUGACCUCAAUCAUUUUGUCUCGUCCCAUGCAGUGAGUGUGAAUGUGUUGGUUGACCAUGUGUGUGUCAGGACUUCAUGACCCACCCCCACGAGCGGCAGCCGGAGUGCCCCCCGCCAUACACUGUGGGUGAUGCUGUGCCAGUUGGUGGUGUGACUGGUCCUCUCUCGCACGCAUCGGACCUCCUGCAGCCUGGCAGCGGCAGCCGUGGCAGUGGGGUGGAGGUGGGCAACGCGGCGGAUGCCAUGGACACGGAGAAGCCAAUGGAAGUUGACGAGCCAAUGGCAUCUGACUGACUGACUGACUGGCUGAGUGUAAUGCAGACAAUCCAUUGCUGGAUGCAGAGUGCCUCGUGUGUCGUGUGUACCACCAUGCCCGGUCCGACUCAGUGCUCAUCUUGUCAGAUUCGGUCACGCCAACACUCACUCUGCUGCAGUUGAGUGUGUGUUGGUGUGACUGACGAUUGUGCGGUGAGUGCUGAGGAAGACACGACAGUGUGUGACGGGUUGGUCGAUACAGAGGGAUGGAUGGAUGGAUGAAUGGAUGGAUGGACAGUGUCCUGCGCUCUGGAUGACUCACAAAUGUCAAUACUAAAGGUGCUU